GCAGCGCGCCCGGGUGCGUCCGUCCGUCGGUCCGACCCUCCGUCCGUCCGGAGCGCGCGGCUGCGGCAGACCGGGUCGGAGCAGCGCACCAUGGGAUGGGGAGGCGGUGGAAGCUGCACCCCGCGCCCACCCAUCCGCCAGCAGCCAGCGCCAGAACGCCGCGUGGUCACCGUGGUCUUCCUGGGUCUCCUGCUGGACCUCCUGGCCUUCACUCUGCUGCUGCCCCUGCUGCCCGGGCUGUUGGAGAGCCAGGGCCGUGCCAACGACCCCCUCUAUGGCUCCUGGCAGCGUGGGGUGGACUGGUUUGCCACAGCCAUUGGAAUGCCAGUGGAGAAGAGAUACAACAGCGUCCUGUUUGGAGGUCUCAUUGGCUCGGUCUUCUCCAUCCUGCAGUUCCUCUCGGCACCGAUCACUGGGGCCGUCUCUGACUCCCUGGGGAGGCGUCCGGUGAUGCUGCUGUCCCUGACGGGUCUGGCCGCCUCGUAUGCUGUGUGGGCCACCUCUCGGAGCUUCGCGGCCUUCCUGGCCUCUAGGGUGAUCGGGGGCAUCAGCAAGGGGAACGUGAGCCUCUCCACAGCCAUCAUCGCUGACCUGGGCUCCCCUCCAGCCCGCAGCCAAGGCAUGGCAGCCAUCGGGGUGGCCUUCUCACUGGGCUUCACACUGGGCCCCAUGCUCGGUGCCUCCGUGUCCGUGGAGGCAGCACCCUGGUUCGCCCUGCUUUUCGCAGUCUCGGACCUGCUGUUCAUCUUCUGCUUCCUGCCGGAGACGCUGCCCCCAGAGAAGCGGGCACCUUCCGUCGCCCUGGGAUUCCGAGAUGCCGCUGAUCUGCUCAGCCCUGUGGCCCUACUGCAUUUCUCAGCUGUCGCCCGUGGCCAGGACCCACCCACUGGAGACAGGCUCAGCCGCCUGCGCCAACUAGGCCUGGUUUAUUUCCUCUAUCUCUUCCUGUUCUCGGGCCUGGAGUACUCACUGAGCUUCCUUGCACACCAGCGCUUCCAGUUCAGCAGCCUGCAGCAGGGGAAGAUGUUUUUCUUCAUCGGCCUCACCAUGGCCACCAUCCAGGGCAUCUACACCCGGCGGAUCAGCCCUGGCAGGGAAGUUGCAGCCGUGAAGCGGGCCAUCCUGCUGCUGGUGCCUGCCUUCCUCCUCAUCGGCUGGGGACACACGCUACCCGUGCUGGGCCUGGGGCUGCUGCUCUACUCCUUCGCUGCCGCAAUCGUGGUGCCCUGCCUGUCCUCUGUGGUCUCUGGCUAUGGGUCACCAGCACAGAAGGGCACUGUCAUGGGCACGCUGCGGAGCCUGGGCGCUCUGGCCAGGGCUGUGGGUCCCGUGGUGGCAGCCUCAGCGUACUGGCUGGCCGGGGCCCAGAUCUGCUUCUCCGUGUGCUCGGGGCUCUUCCUGCUCCCCUUCCUCCUCCUGUGGAAGCUGGGGUGUCCAGCGCAGAUGCUCAAGGCCGAAUAGCUGAGCUGCUGUGUGUGGGCCGUGGGGCGCAGGAAGUGGGAGCCUGGGCCCGGCCCCUGCCUGCCAUCACCCCGCAGCCCCGCAGCUCCCCAGGUGGCCGCUCCCCUGCCUUGUCACUCCAAGCACUGACUCUAAGGCCUUCAAGGUUUCUGUCCGUUUGUUUUUUAAUCAGCAGCACGGGCUGUCCAGGUUUCUGAACGACAAAAUAAAGCAGCUAUUUUAUACCAUG